AUGUCUCAAAUCAGCUCCCCACAAGAAUCCCCCGCAUCGCCGCCCAAAUUCCUUUUCGAUGUCGACGACUCUCUUGGCGAAUGGAACGUACCUGUUCAACAAUGGCUCGAUGCACACAAAGUGAAGCUUGAGGAGCGCCAGAUCAAGCUAGACAGGUUGGCGACAGGCUGUGUCGUGGUUAAUCCCGAAGGAAAGGUCCUCCUCAUCCAGCGCGCCAGCCACGAUUCCAUGCCAAACAGAUGGGAGAUACCUGGCGGCGCUGCUGAUGACAGCGAUCCCACCAUCUUGCACGGCGCUGCACGAGAACUGUGGGAGGAAACGAGGCUUGUCGCAAAACGUUUUGUCCGGCCCGUUACAGAGGGACCGGAGGGAGGGGAUCUGCGAGUGUUCCCAAAUAGCACGAAAACACUAUGGCUCUGCAGGUUUUCAUUCGAAGUGGAGGUUGAAAGUGCCAGUCAAGUUACGUUGGAUGCGAAUGAGCACCAGGAUUUUGUUUGGGCUACGGAAGAUGAAGUCAAGGCGCAGAAAAUCGGUGAUCGGGACAUUCCUCUUACACAUGAGUCUGCGAGGUCUGUUAUUUUGGAAUCUUUCCGGCUGAGGAAUGAGAACUAG